GCAAGCUGGUUUGGAAUUGUGAGUGUGUGUGUUACUGGUGAUUAAAGAUACAUUGUUAUUAGAGUAUUAACAAGAAUUCUUGAAAGUACGGUAGGUCAUGUAAAAUAUUAUUGAUGAUUUGAUGUUAAUUAGCUUGGACGAGACAUACAAGCGGUUUCUCAGUUUUGUAAAAUACAGUGUGCACCCUGCGCGAUCCAUAAACUUUCUUCACCCUCAAAGAGGAGAAUGAGGUAGACAUUAUUCGUCAGCAGUUAUAAUAUGUGUGGAAGUAUUACUUACUUAGUUCGUAUAUGAUUUCAAGUUUCACGCUUCUGUUUCACUUGUGAGUGCAGCGUGUUUACGUUACACAGAGGAAACUUAUUUCAAGAACCCUAACUUACAUGGUAAAAAUAUAGUUUUGUUUGCCGGUAUAGACUAGACUUCAUGACAAACAAUGGUACCAUUAGGACCAACACCUAUUCAUUCUCAACCAGCCGCAAAUAAUACACCGUCGGCCCCGACUGCUCUGAAUUCUUCUGGUGGAGGUUCAACUAAAUCAAAUUCGAGUGUGAAACCAAACUACACAUUGAAGUUCACACUUGCGGGACACACCAAAGCAGUGUCAUCUGUCAAGUUCAGCCCCAAUGGAGAAUGGCUUGCCAGUUCUUCUGCAGACAAGCUGAUAAAGAUUUGGGGAGCUUACGAUGGAAAAUUUGAGAAGACAAUAUCAGGUCAUAAGCUUGGGAUAUCUGAUGUAGCUUGGUCCAGUGACAGCAGACUACUUGUCAGUGCCUCCGAUGACAAAACACUGAAGAUAUGGGAGCUGAGCUCAGGAAAGUGCCUCAAGACACUAAAGGGACACAGUAACUAUGUGUUCUGCUGCAACUUCAACCCACAAUCAAACCUCAUUGUUUCUGGAUCAUUUGAUGAGAGUGUCCGCAUCUGGGACGUGAGAACAGGAAAAUGUCUUAAGACACUGCCAGCUCAUUCAGACCCUGUCAGUGCUGUACACUUCAAUAGAGAUGGCUCUCUGAUAGUCUCCAGCAGUUACGAUGGACUCUGCCGAAUAUGGGACACAGCUUCAGGCCAGUGCCUAAAGACCCUAAUAGAUGAUGACAAUCCUCCCGUAUCAUUUGUGAAGUUCUCACCAAAUGGCAAAUAUAUUCUGGCGGCCACAUUGGACAACACACUGAAACUGUGGGACUACAGCAAGGGCAAGUGCCUGAAGACUUACACUGGACACCGCAAUGAGAAAUACUGCAUCUUUGCAAAUUUCUCAGUGACAGGAGGGAAGUGGAUUGUGUCGGGUUCAGAAGACAACUUUGUAUACAUUUGGAACCUGCAAACAAAAGAGGUGGUUCAGAAGCUGCAAGGACACACAGACGUAGUACUCUGCACCUCCUGUCACCCCACAGAGAACAUCAUCGCUUCAGCUGCAUUGGAAAACGACAAGACCAUAAAACUAUGGAAAAGUGACACAUAACAAGGAGGUUACUGACAGUGUUGUGUAUUUAUUUGUGCUGCUAACAGACAAAUUGAAUACAGGAGAAGUACAGCUGAUGAGCAAGACAUGUAUGAAUGUGUUGGUUAUGCUUCAGAAGUGAAACAUUUGGACAAAUUUUUUGUGCUGAAGGUUCCUGCAGGAGUUGCUAAAUUGUAGCCAUGAUCAUAUGUCCAUGAUGGGACAAGAAUUUGAUGCAGAUUUCCAUGCUUUAUUCCAGUGCCACUCCACUAAUCUGUGGUGCAGUUUCGGUAUACUUUUAGAGGUCCUUUCCUUCAUUAAGUUCUGUAAGCUGCAAUGUUUAUGUUGCAAGUCUUCGUCAGAAUUUGAAGUGUUUGCACAUUCAGAUGAAAACUUCUGACAAGAUAAGAAAGCUACUCAGUUCUCAAAAAUGCAAUGCAGACAAGCCCACCCACAAUAACAAUAUAGAUAAUAAAAUUACAGAGCUCUUAUAAUCCCUACUGUACCAGCACUUUAAUUAAGGUUUAAAAUGCAGUGGCUAAAUUAGAAACAGAAUGUACAUCAUUACAUUACAUGAAAAUAUAAAAUGUACUUUUAUUUUAAAUCCAUAACAAUUAUUCUGCUCACACCUUUCUGUUCAAAAUUGUUUCCUAAUCAAGAGUACACACAAUUCAAGUGAAAAUGCAACAAGAUACAGAACUGACUUAAGGUCUGUGCUGAAUUGCAAUUUACAGAGGUGCUGACAAAACUGUUUCCUGAUGUGUGCUGUUUGUGAUGGAUGAUCAAUAUAUAAUUCAGACUGAACAUGGUUCCUCAUAAGGUAAUGUGUAUGAGGAACUCUACGUAGCAGAUUCCACAUCUUUGAUGAACUAUGAAAUGAAGAAUUCUCUCCUCACAUAAAAUGUGAAUGAUAUAUGUACACAUCAACAUUCAUGAUGGCUUUGUGGCUAGCCAUAUCAGCUCAUGAUACUAAAUUUUGUUGAUUUUCUGAACAGUGAUGUAGUAGUGUAUUUUCUGGCUACAUGUAUAAAUAAUGCAGAAAAAUACUGCUGAUUUGUUUUUUUUAUAUAUAUAUUUCUGUUCUACAUAUUUUAGCAGUGUUGCCUGGUUGACUGCAACAAGCAAUGUCUCUUGUCUUAUUUCCCUGUUCUCAAUAAAGUAUCCAUAAGAUUGU